CAUGAAUUCCAUCAACGCAUUUCGCUUUGUUUUUAUUAUUGAAACUUGGGAGCUAUUUCAACAUGAAUGACCCAAAUGAACGGAGAUUAGAAACCCUCUCUGGGCAAAUUACAUCGCUAAAAAAUAUCACAUACGAUAUUUAUACGCGGGCUAGCGAUUAUAGCCAUAUAGACCGUGCGAAUGAAGGAUUUUCUGGCUUAUCGGAUUCUGUAAAACGAACUACCAAUGGAUUUUUUCGAGUUGUUCGAAAUGCUGGUAGAAGAAGCAUUUUUACUACCGUUUUAGCUAUCGUCGGAAGUGUUUUAAUCUUUUACUAUUUAUGCAAAUAUUUUCUUUGAAAGGGAAGAGCUGUUUUUACGAGAAAUUGGUAUUUUGUUUGCUCUUGUUACUGCAUGCUUGACUGUAUUAUAUGAAUGGACCUUGUUCUUCCCGAAAUGAAUUCCCUAAGAGAAAAAUCAAAAGGGGUAACAUCGAUCUAGCUACUACUUCGAACUGCCUUUUACUUUUCAUGAUAUGUUGUUAUGUUAACGUUUGUCACUUUCCAUAUCUCUUGUUCUUUUUACUUUUUACUUUUGGCAAAACCAUAAAGGCUGUCCAGUCAAGUUUAAUGGUUUGCUUGAUUCUCUUUCUUCCAUACUCAUAGUAUCUUUCAGUAUAAUGAAAUUUAUUGAAUGUCUUGCAUCAUCAGAAGGACCAUG